AUGAUUGAUGAUGGAAUACUUGGCGGGAAAGAAAAUGGUACCCGGCUAUACCACCACCUGUUCAACCACUACAACAAGGCGCUGAGACCGGUCAAAGCGCCGGACGACAUCCUGAUGGUGGAGAUCGGGGUUACCCUGACGCACAUCAUUGACAUGAACGAAAAGCACCAGACCCUGACUGCAAACAUAUGGAUGACAAUGGCUUGGAACGACUCGCACCUCACAUGGGAACCCGAGGAGUUCGGCGGAUUCAAGGCCCUCACUCUCCCGGCAGCCGAGAUAUGGAAACCCGACAUCGUCUUGUAUCAAAAUGUUGAUCCAUACUUCAACGGGUGGUCGACUGACGACACGUACAUCAAGGUGUACAGUACGGGGUACGUGCUGUGGGAGAUGCCCACCGUCACCAUGUCCUCCUGUCACCUCGACGUCUCCAGCUUCCCGUUCGACACUCAGACCUGCGUGCUCAAGUUCGGGCCGUGGAUCCACAGCGGCAACGAGCUAGACAUGCGCAGCAUGGCUGACGAGGGAAGCCUGGAGAGCUUCAUCGUGCACCCCGAGUGGGAAGUCGGCUCCUUCAAGGCAAAGCGGCACAUGAUCUGGUACGGCGAGGACUUCAACAUCGGGACGCCCUACGCUGACGUGACGUUCCGGCUCGUCCUGAAACGGAAGUCGACGUUCUACGUGUUCAACCUGCUGCUGCCGUGCCUGCUGCUGACGUUUGUCAUGACGGCCACCUUCUUCUUACCGAGUAACUGCGGGGAGAAACUGUCCUUCGGGGUAUCGCUGCUGCUGUCCAUGGUGGUGUUCCAACUUGUCCUGACCGACGUGCUACCAGAGUCCGACAACUUACCAUGGAUAGGGAGGUUUGUGAUCAUCACGAUGAUCCUGAUGGCCGUGUCUCUCGGCAUGUCUGUGUUCGUCAUGUACGCCUGUGACUCCUCCAUGGGAGCCAGAACCAUACCGGACUGGUCCAGGAAGGUGUUCCUGAAGUACGUGGCGACCCUGCUAUUGAUGGGAGACCUCUCCAAGCAGAGCCUGGCGGAGUCAGCCGACAGCCCGGGGGAGUACAGCCCGCCAGACCUCACCACGCUCAACAGCGUGGACAGCAACAAGCAGCACAACGACAACACCACCAACUCCAACGACAAGACCACGUUAGCCCUCCAUCACAUGGUGGACAAUCUCCAGUGCGUGCAGCAGAACUUGGCGGGACUGCUGACGCACGCGCGCAGGGUGGAGAAGAACAGAGCCCUGGAGAGGGAGUGGAGGAGCCUGGCCAAGGUGCUGGACCGCAUCUGCAUGCUCCUGUACCUGGUCACAGCAACGUCGUGUCUGAUCGCAUUCGCCACAGCGGCCUGAUUCACAACCAGAAAGUACACUCUAAGGCCCCAUUCCCACUCGGAUAAGAUUGUCCGGAUUGAGCCUGUUUGAUCCGGCGUC